AUGGGUAGGACGAAGUCUCAAGCUCCGAAGGGUAAAAGUGCUAAGGAUGCACCAUCUCCCUCAAAGCCGAGAGCUAAGGGCAAAAGGAAAGCCCAGCCAGAGAGUGUUAACUCUGAUGAUGAACCCUUAGGUAACUUGAUUAAAAGGGUUCAACUGCCAAAGAGGGCCAAGAGGGCCAAGAAGGUUUCUGUUAGUCAGGUUCGAGAGGUAGCACCUGUUAUGAUACAAGUACCAUUCGAAGACAGGGCACAAGCCCAGGGGGAAUCUCAGGCUACUCUGGCCGCUGAGAUUGAGAGAGUGCCCCCUACCAAGUCUCUGUCUGGAGCCUUGGUUAUUGAUUUAAAUGUUGAUGUUGAUGGUGCUGUGGGGGCUGCUGAAUCUGAGGUUGGACCUCGAGAAGAGGUUCGAGAAGUUGAAGGCACUGGGAUCAGUGAUCCAGUGCGAGCAGAAACAGAGGAACCACGAGAGGUGGUUCGAGAGAUGGAUAUUCCAGCAGCAGGUAUAAUUGUCUCCGAUCAAGAAGCUGCUAAUGAUCAAGGCACUGUGGUCAGGGACCCAGUGCAACGUGCUGAAAAUGUGGUGCUAACGCCCAUGGAGUCUGUUCAAGUUGAAAGAUCUAUUGCACAGACUCUAGCAAAUGUUGGGCUGGCCAGUGAUCUCUUGAAUGGUCAUCGAGAGAUAAAUAGACAGGCAGUGGAUUGUGCAUCACCAACAGAGCUCGUGUCUGCUGGAUCAGAUGAGUCAGAUGCAGAGAUUAGCUCUCGGUUGAAUCAACUUACUGACGAUGCGACUAUAUCAGACGACUUCUCCAGAGUACUUCGAUGGAUUGAGUGGAGAACAGGUCCAAUUGAUCAACUGAUUUCGAGAGCAGCAUAUAUGGUGGCUGAGGAGGACUUUGCUUUAAAUUGGUUAAAUCUUUCAUCAAUCCCAGCCAAUGAACUCACAGAUCUUGCCCAUGAAAUGAAUGUGACUAGGAGGAAUCUUGGUCGAUCUGACAAAGGAAAGGGCAUCGCUGCUGAUGUACAAGAAGAGGAAGCUGAGUCUGAACUUGAUCCUGCAGCUGAGGCUCAAUUUCGAGAAGAACUCAGACUUGCCACUGCUCUAUCCUUGGGACAGCAAGUAGAAAUGACGAGAGGUCCAGGAGAAACCUCUGGUGUUGCAAAGGACGGUACUGAGAAUCCCAUCGCCAUAGCCGCAAUACCUUUGUCCCAAGUUGCCGAUUCUGCUCUGGGCUCUCAGACAAAUGCUUCGAGAGAUGGUGUUGAGACCUCUGAAGCACAUGGAGUGGCACCGAAUUCAGAUCAACCACUACCACUACCUGAGCCCACACCGUCGACAGAUGAAGAUGAAGCACAGACUGUUCGAGAGGGCGAAAUUCCUGCUGAGGAGACUGAUGUGACUAUCGAAGGUGGAAUCCAGGAAGCACCUGUCGAUCCUUCAUCUCCAAAUCCACCAGCAGAUGAACAAGUUCCCAGCACUGGUUCAAGAGGUGAAGCUGAGAGGGAAGUUCCUUUGGAUGGAAACCGGGAAGCAUCCAACACAGAAGUACCCUCUCUUGCUGAUCCAAUCCCAUCAGUUGCUGAAGCUGAGAAGAUGGCUCAAAUCGAGCGCAUACUGGCUGUCGUUCGAAACCAUGCGAUGCCCGUGGCUGGCACAAGUGCCUCUCAAGCUCGCCACGAAGAACUCCUCGAACAGGCUGUAUGGGCUGAAGAUGCAGCGCGAAAGGCUGCUGAUGAAGCUGCUGUGGCUCGCUCAGAGGCUGAACGAACGAGAGAUGAACUAGCUGAGCUACGAGCAGAAUUUAGAGCUUAUCAGAAUUCCAGUGAGCUUCGACAGGAUGAAAUGAAGGCCAUGCUUGAUGAUCUGUCGAACCAAGUGCCUGCCCAGCUUGAGUCACUCUUCGAAGGGCUGUCUACUCUCCUUUCCCGUGGUGAUGCUGCCAACAAGGGGGAAAACAGUAGUCAGAGGGGAGGAGGAAGAGGCAAGAAAAGGACAGCAAGCAGUGAACCAGCUGGUGGACCUCCUGUGAAAAUCCCAAAGUUAACAAACUGGCAAAUGGAGGAAGCCAAAAGGGCAGAAGCUGUUACAAAUUUCAAAACCAUUUCUGCCGAGAGCUACAAAUUGCCAUCAUUCUUUGCCGAGUAG